AGGAGGAGGAGGAGGAUUACGAUGGUGUUUUUUGGGAAGAGACAGAAUCCAAGGAAUACCUCAAAAGGAGGAUGGUUAUUGAGCAGGGAAUGUUCAAUGACCACCGUGUCGGCUGGGAAUAUAUUUGGGGCAAUAAAAUCGGACUUUGUGGUGGCUUCCAAGAUACAACCACAUUGAGUUCUAUGCAAUUUACACACUCCACACCUGGUAUCAUCCCACACGGUUCUGUCGUCGGAACCACAUUGCAGAUUUACUCGCUCGAAAUUAAACUAAAAGCUGACUUGGAGUGGCCACUCCAUGUGUACGGCGUGGUUGCUGCUCGAGACACUGUUGACCGCAACCGCAACCUUCUCUUCUGUCGGUCAAGAAUUAACCACCAAGUACUCACUCGAAAUGAUCCUUUCUUACGCUUGACUGGCCCAGGUCGGGCAAUUCUAGCUCUGUACCCUGUUGACUUUGAAGUUGAACUGAAGAUGAUUGAUGGAGAUGAGUCCCAAGAUAUUGCAUUGAUCAGCCUUAACCUCCGUUACAACGGACAUGACGACAUCGCUCUCUUCAACAGCUCGUUAUGUACAGGAAAAUUAUGCCUUGAGCCAAUUGAUAGAACAGUUCAGGCCACUAUUGUGGGUGUUAGGCUUGCUACUGGGGAUCAGCCUUUUAAAUAUGGAGCCCGGUUUGCUUGUUCCUUGUUAGGUGCAGGUUCCCCAGUUGAGCAAGUUCUGUUGCUUGACUCUUAUGGUGGGGAAACUACUGUAGGCGCAGAUGGUUAUUUUUCUCUGUCAAGGAAUGUUGUUUCAGUAGAAUCAGAAGGAGGGCUGCAAGUUGUCAUACAAGCCUACUCGGGAUCAGGAUAAGACCGAUUUGUUGACCGAGGGAUAUGCUGCCCAGGUGUGGAAGGCUUUGUAGGCUAGAGAGGUAUCCACCAUAGUAUAUAUCUAUUAUGUUUUGCUGGUGGUUAAAAUGUUGAAUUGUUUGUGUACCAGCCAGCUAUGUAAGGCGUCCAACUGCUUGUGUAUCAGCUACUUAAUUAUUUGUGUACCGUCUAUAACUUAUAUGUUGUGAUGUCCA